AAGCUGGCGACUAGGGUUCUACGCUGCACUUUCGAUCUGCUCUGCAGCGGUCUCUUUCUGCCACCGUCCCGCGGUAAGGUGUUCCAGGGGUCCUUCUCUGCUUUCCCUUUCGGAGGCAAAAGGCUGAAGUACCUUCUAUGCCGCCGCCUCGUCCAACACACCGGGACACGCGGAUGCCAAUGUCUACCAACGGCCUCUUGGGGUUUCCCGUGGGACUUAAAGUCUCCCUUCAAUGAAGUCACACUUGGUCAGUAGGACAAGAGAGGUCAGAGUCCCUGUUCCCCCCACCCUCCAACGCGGCACAUUCACUCCCCCAGGACUGUGGUGAAGAGGACUGUUUGCCCAGGACACCCCAGCCGGUGCCCUCACCCUGCUCUAAGGGGCCCCUCCCCAAAGAGGCACUCCAGAAAUCUCGCCCUCUCGCAUCUGACUGGAGCCCGAGAUCCCAGACCGGAACCAGGCUUCAGCUUGCUUAAAUUGUGGUGGAAUUCCUUGCCAAUCUUGAGAACUCAACCCAAAAUUACAAGCUUAGCAUUGAAUUUUGUUCAAUGAAUGAUGGGUGAGAUAUUCUCUCAGCUGAGCUUUCAGUGGAAGGAUGAAAACAAGUUGAUUUUGUCUGGUGACCCAGCCAUUGGAAGCAAGGCUGCCAGCUACUCUAGUACGGGUAGCAGCAACUCUCUUUGUUCCUGUGUGCCUUGUGAAGGGGCUGCUGGUACCAGCUUUGUGACUUGUCCUACCUGCCAAGGCAGUGGUGAAAUUCCCCAAGAGCUGGAGAAGCAGCUGGUGGCUCUCAUACCCUAUGGGGACCAGAGACUGAAGCCCAGACACACGAAGCUCUUUGUAUUCCUGGCUGUGCUCAUCUGCCUGAUGACCUCCUCCUCUGUCGUCUUUUUCCUGUUUCCUCGGUCCAUCACCGUGCAGCCUUCGGGCCUCAACUCCUCCACAGUGGCCUUUGAUGAAGAUGACAUCCACCUCAAUAUAACGAAUAUCUUGAACAUCUCCAAUAGCAACUACUAUCCCAUCAUGGUGACCCAGCUAACCAUUGAGGUUCUGCACCUGUCCUUCGUAGUGGGAGAAGUUUCCAACAGCCUUCACCUACACGUUGGCCCUUUAACCAGUGAACAGAUAUUUUAUGCAGUAGCCAACAGAAUAUUGGAUGAAAACACAUACAAAAUAUGUACCUGGCUGAAAAUCAAAGUCCACCAUGUACUUCUGCACAUCCAGGGCACCUUGACCUGUUCCUACCUGAGCCAUUCAGAGCAGCUGGUCUUCCAGAGCUAUGAAUACGUGGACUGCCGGGGAAAUACGUCAGUCCCCCACCCACCGGUCCCUCACCCACCGUGACCUGCCUGCUGUCCCCAUACUAUAGGCACUUGUGAGCCUGGUCUGUAUCUCCCACAACUCCAUGCUGAUCAAGGAAAGACUAUAGUGGCUUUGCCAGAGGAAAAGUCCUGCCUUAUUAUACCCUCACUCCACAUGCCUCAGCAUGGGAAGCUUGCUGAAGUUAACGUCACAGGCCUGUGCACACAUGCACAUACCACAUGCUUGCAUCCUCUGAUUUCCCCAAGUUCUUUCAGGAGCAAGCAUCAAAUCCUACCUUGUUCUUUCAUGAGGGAAAUCUGACCUGACAUUUUAUUGAAUUGCCUUAGAGUUCCUGGAGUGGGCCCUUGGCCUUUCUGUACUGUGCACCUUGGUUUUCCUGCUCUAUUGGGCCUGGCUCUCCUGUCAGUAUGUUUUAUCUGGCUUUUAAAACAUAGAUCCUUUUCAAAUUUUCCACUAGUGAGGAGAAAGUGACUUUGGGGACACCCACUAUUGUCUCCAAAGCCAUUUUAGGGGACCAUAGAUGCUUUCCUGUGCCUGUCUACUUUGGUCAUGUGGCAAAGUGAUGGUGAUGGCCAGCUCCUCUCUGGUAACUUGUCCCUUGUCAUCUGACAGUAAUAUUCGCAAAGGCCCUUGGGCGUUCUGUCCUUCCUGGUUAAUGACUGUCCCUGGUUCUAAGGAAGACAGAGAUGUUCUCCAGCUAAAGCUUCUCUUCUCUAUAAAAUAGUUUUACUGGUCUCUUCAUAGCCAAAGUAGGAGACAAGGGAGCCACUGGGACCCCUUGGAGCUAUACAGGAAAAACAGAGCCAAAGGAUGAGUAAUUUUAAAAGGUGUUUAUUAAAGGAGAGUUUCUGAGCCCAUUUGAGUAGACACAGACAGGUCAAACAGUGUGCCCAGCUGCUGUGUUCUGAAAGCCCACAGGAGAUGGAGCUGUCAGUGUCCAUCCAACACCGCUGGGCUCUGUUCUGCCCCCAGCUCAGCACCAGGGUACAUUCCUGGGCUUUGACAGUCUCAUCAGCAGGGACUGGUCUGGACCCCUCACUUUUCCUGUCACUCAGGUGGAGGUCAGCCCCAGAUAACAUCUUCCCCUUGGAUUCCUGAGGGGAACUGGUUUCUGUAUUUUAGUGGAACCAGAAAGGUUGUUUUUCAUUAAAGGUGACUGGGUCUUUAUCAUUCAGACAGGUGGAGAUAGGAACAGAGGUAGGCAGGGAAAGUUGAAUUAAAUUAGAAUGGGAAGAGAGGAGGAAAUGGUGAUAUAACUCAGCUGGCUGGAGAACAAGGGAAAGGAAGGUCUGUCACCAAGCUGAGGCUACAGUGGUGAUGGCAAGAGCACAGAGGUCCAGGGAGGCCAGGCAGGGCUGUGUGUGUAGGUCACUAAAUGUAAAGCUUUAAAUUUAUAUUGCAUCCAAUAAACUAUACUUAACAGUAUUCCAAACAGUCUUCUGGAUCUGGU